ACGAUCAGCGUCCACAGAGCUCGCGAAUGUUAACUACCUAGGUAACUGUAUUUGUACACGGAAAGUACACAUCUGGCUAUAGUCUACGCCUCUGACAGUAAUUUGUGGCAGCAAAGAAAGAGCAUGUUCAAUUAGAAAUGAGCGAGAGAUGGGUCAUUUAUUCUUAGCACUUCGCAAAGGCCCGUUAGUCAAGCACUACUCUCUGCUCGUGCGUCUAUACUACCUAGGUAGGCCUAGUUGAAUUACGUAAAGCGCAGAGGGUAGGGUGUCUCGUAGACUAAGCUUAUCUAACGCAGUUCAGCAGUAUCACGACUCUUCGAGCAAUUCAUACCCGUUUGUCAUCAGACGACACCUUCAGCAUGUCCAAACCUCAGCUUGUUUUUGUUCCCGGAUCAGCGCAUGUCCCUGCGCACAUGGCUCCGUUGAUGGAGAAAUUGAAUUCCUUCGGUUACACAACUCAUUGCCGCCAGAUGCCUUCCGUCGACAACCCCAGUCCCCCUGAAGAUCUCUCUCAAGAUAUCACAGCUCUACGUUCACUAGUUGAAGAAGCUAUUGGAGACGGUAACGAUGUUAUCGUGAUACCCCAUAGCUGGGCUGGCCUCGUUGCCGGCUCUGGGUUAGUCGGGAUGAGCAAGAAGGAAAGGGAAGCGGUAGGCAAAAGAGGCGGUGUCGUAAGGACUGGCUAUAUCACCAGUUUUCUCUUACCCGAAGGAGUCGGUAUCUCGGAUGUAGGCCGGGGCCAAGGCCAGCCUCCGGACUGGAUCAAACUUGAGGGGAAUCAGUUGAUCUAUACUGACCCCGACGUCUUCUACAAAGAUCUCCCCGAAAACGAAUCUAAGCACUGGUUCUCGCUUGUCAAGACUCAUGGAGUUGGGUCUGCCGCGGCCAAGGCGACGGGUACAGCGUGGAAAGUCAUCCCAACAAGCUACCUACUUUGUGAAGAAGAUCUCGCCAUUGCUCCGGAGACACAGGAGGGGAUGAUCCAGAUUGCCAAGGCCGCUGGCGCUGACAUCGAUGUGACCAGGAUCAAGUCCAGUCACAGUCCUUUCCUUAGCAAGAUAGACGAGACUGCUCAAUGGGUUCGCCGUGUCGCGGGCGAGAAAGUGUAGAAAGGUCAAUGUUUAUUAGUCAACAAUUCCGGGAACUAGCUAGAAGAAGAA